AAGGACACGGCGUAAAUGUACCCAUACAAGCAUUACGAGAUGAUGAUCAAUUUGCGUAAUCCUACAGCUGACCGGCCGAGAUGUGACAGACGCCCGACCGGUAUGAACGCGGCGGCCGACGGUUACGGUUCGUCGUGCAUCAUGUCCAUGAGCUUGGACGGCUGUGGCAAGGAGCAGCUCAAGACGCAGUUCGUCACCAGGGAGGGCGUUUACAAGCUGCUGACGUUGGCCACGUACUCCCGGCCGAACCGCAUCGGCUACAACGUGCAGACCAACACGUCCGUGCACGUGUCGUUUGUCGGCUACUCGUCGUCGGAUACCAACGGCAACAAUGACCGCAUGUGCUUCAAUAUCGGACGGGAGCUGUACGUUUUCUACUACAAAGGAACGAAAAAGGGAGCAGAUUUAACUAAACCCAUAGAUAAGAAAUUAUAUAAAGGAAUAAGUCCUACAUGCCAUGACUUCAAUUCAACUGCAACAACUGAAGACUCACUACCAUUAAUUGUGGGGUUUUCAACAGGAUUGUUACAGCUAAUUGACCCUGUUAGAAAAGAUGUUAGCGUAUUAUUUAAUGAAGAGAAAAUCAUUGAUAAAACGAAAGUCACAUGUGUCAAAUGGGUACCAAAUUCAAAACAUUUAUUCCUUGCAUCACAUGCUAGUGGUCAGUUAUAUUUGUAUAACGAAACAUUUACAUGUGGUACAACAACGCCAAGUUAUCAACAAGUGAAAUCUGGUGAAGGUUAUACAGUACAUACAUGUAAAACAAAAAGCACGCGAAAUCCAAUGUAUCGAUGGUUAAUUGGCGGCGACUACAACAGCAUUAAUGAGUUUGCAUUUUCUCCAUGUAGUCUUUACUUAGCAGUUGUUUCCCAAGAUGGAUUUCUCCGAGUAUUCCAUUAUGAUAAAAUGGAACUGAUUGGAAUGGCUCGAAGCUAUUUUGGUGGAUUUCUUUGUGUUUGUUGGUCACCUGAUAGUCGAUACAUAGUGGUCGGAGGAGAAGAUGAUUUGGUUACAGUUUAUAGUAUUUCUGAGAAUAGAGUCAUAGCCCGUGGUCAAGGACAUCAUAGUUGGGUUAGUGUGGUGGCGUUUGAUCCAUACACAAGUACACCGCCGUCCAUGGAACCAUGUAUACCAGGAUACUACAGACUAGGUUCAGUAGGGCAUGACACACAAAUGUGUUUAUGGGACAUUACUGACGACAUAUUACAUCAUGUAACAUUAGUGUCACCGCUUCCUGUGAUAUCUAAACAAAACGGUGUUAUGAAUAAUGUGAAACAUAAUGUUAAUGCUAAUAAUGUACAAAAACAAACUCAAGACCCUAUGCGAUUGAUUGGUACUACUGCUUGUCCACGUUUUGAUCAGUGUCCACGACUUGAACCAUUAAUAUGUAAGAAAAUUGCUCAUGAUCGAUUGACAGCUUUAAUUUUUCGGGAGGAUUGUUUUGUAGCUGCUUGUCAAAAUGGAUAUGUGUACACUUGGGCUCGUCCUGGAACAAUUACAAGCCUCAAUGCACAUUUGGUUUCAGAUCCAAAUUCCAUCAUGUCAUCAUUAGAUCUACCUUCAUUAAAUCCUACAUCUGCAGUGUAAUGAAUAAUUUACUGCAAGUAAUACGAUACUCGUUAUUGAAAUUAUGAUAAUUUUAUGUUCUGUUAUAUUUAUAACCAAAAUAAAUGAAAAAUUGACAAGCAAAAGGUGAUAAUUAAAAAAAAAAUUAACAAUUAUAGUUCAAAUGAAUAACUUAUUAUUA